AGAGAAAGCAAAACAAAUCUUGCAAAAUAGAUAUGGGUUUAGUGAAGAUCAAGUAAAUACCUUAUUCACAAUCCUGAAAAACAAAAGUAGACACAGUGUAACUACCUCAGAUAAAAACGUAAAUAUUGUAAUUGCCAAUCAACUUUCUAAAGGAAUGGAGGAAGAAACAAUUGGGGAUAUGGCACAACAGAUUUUACAGGAUAGACUUAGUAUUAGAGAUGUAAGAGCUAAAGCUUAUGUCUUAGCCCUAUCAGCAAAAAAUGCUAAUGCUGGCUCAUCACGUCUCACUCGUCUUCAUAGAGAAUUAAAGAACCUUAAUGCAUUACUUGAGAUAAUUGAGAGUAUCAAUCAAAAAAAAGCUAAAGCUAAACGUAUCGAUUAUCCAGAUGAAUUUACAUUAGAAUCAGUCAAAGAAAGAUUAGAUGC